AUGGCCGACGACAACAGUACUUCCGCCGUGUUCAGUCUGGCAAUGAUUUCUUACAGUGAGUGCAAUGAAAUUCAGCGGAACCAGUAUUAUGAAUAUGAGGUACCGCGCUUGGAUUUACAACAGUGUUGCAAAGCGCUAUUGGAAAUAAUCACUUUUAACACUGUCAGCGGCGAGUUCAAUCCACAAGGUGAUAGACGGUCUAUGUGUGCGAAGAUAUGCUCGGACCAUCUGUCCGAAAGAUACACAGAUUUAUGCAACACGGCCGCGUUUCUUGGGCACAUGAAUUGCUUGAGGAUGGCCCACGAGAUGGGCUGCCCGUGGAACACACGAGUACCCUGUCACGCAAUCCAGGGGGGACAUCUGGACUGUAUGAUAUACGCCCAUAAAAACGGUUGUCCCUGGGACGCUGAAACUUGCGCCACCGCGGUUAGAUAUGAGAACGUCGAAUGUCUAAAAUACGCACAGGACAAUGGUUGCCAAUGGGACUUCGAGUACACGUGGUGCGAAGCCUUAGUGAAUGGGGGCUCCUUAUUAUUGCAGUACUUGCGCGAAAACUGGGGUCCUGAAACUCUCGCGACGGCCGCGUCCGGUGGACAUUUUCAGAUACUCCAGUACGCGUUAGAGAACGGCUGCCCAAGCUCCGUAACUGCGUGCAGCAGUGCAGCGAUGUCCGGCCAACUCAAUUGUCUCAUAUACCUGCACAACAACGGUGUUCCAUGGGACUCCGAUACGUGCAUAGAGGCCGCGAGAUGUGGGAACUUGGGCUGUCUGCAUUACGCUAUGAGCAACGGGUGUCCGUGCACAGCGGCUGCGGCCUACGAGGCAGCGAGGAAUGGCCGAUCAGAUUGCCUUAUGUACCUGCACCUUAACGAUAUUCCCAUUGACUGGUAUACGUGCUUAGGAGCCGCGAGGGGUGGGAACCUGAACUGUCUCCGUUACACGAUCCGUAACGGGUGUCGGGCCAACGAAGAAACGUGCGCCGAGGCAGCGAGUUACGGCCACUCUGCGUGCCUGGCGUACCUGCACAAUCAUGGCGUUCCCUGGGACUUGCGCACGUGCAUAGGAGCCAUGAGGUCUGGGAACAUGGAGUGUUUCCAAUACGCAGUCCGUAACUGGUGUCCGGCCGACGAACUGACGUGCGCCGAAGCGGCGCGUCUUGGCGGUUUGAAAUUCCUGGAGCAACUGCGUUCUCACGGCGUUCCCUGGGACUCGCGCACGUGCACGGAAGCCGUGAGAUACGGGCACACCGACUGUCUCAUAUACGCUCUCAAUAGAAACUGUCCAAUCAAUCGAUGGUCGUGCAUGCGCCUUGCAUUGGCUAACGGACACGUGGACUGCCGGUAUUACAUUCGCGAUUACUUUCGAUCUCCACGGUUGUUCCGGCUUAACUUCACCGCAAAGCGCCUACCAAAGUAUAAACGCGUACGUGCUAGACAACGGCGGUUAGGUCGACGAAUAUAA